UAUAAGACCCCCCAGAACCUAUCCUUUUCGCCCAGAAAGCAAAAAAUAGGAGCGCUACCAGACGUAUUUCCGGACCACCAGAAACGGACCACUCAGCUGUCGCACUCGCCUGGAUACGUUUGAUAGCGGACCUCCCAAAGCGCACUCGAACCCACGAUUUCUCUUCUGUACUAAAGCCCCACAGCAGGUAUAGCCAGCUAACUGGAGAAACCGCCCCGAAAUCAAACGCCGCAAACACGCCCGCCAGCAUAUCUCUACACCAUGAAGUUUGGCAAGACGUUUGCGUCGCACCAGAUCCCGGAGUGGUCCACGUACUACAUGAACUACAAGCACUUGAAGAAAACCAUCAAGGCCAUCGACGGCCACUACAACUACCACUCGUUCACGCCGCUCGAGCUCCCGGAAAUCAUUUCGCAGACUCUCUCGCAGUUUUUCUUCGAGUUGGACCGGGACAUCGAACGUGUCUCCGAGUUCUAUAACAGCAAACUUGCCGAGUACACCCGACGGUCCCAUCGCAUCGUGCAUGUGUUGGGCUACGCGGACGGCCAGAUCUCGCUUCUUGCCGACACCACGGACGAGCUCGACGAGAUCGUGUCCAUUUUGCUCGAGUUGCGGUCCGCGUACCGCAACCUCAAGUGGUUCGGCGAGUUGAACCACAAAGGCUUCGUGAAAAUCUUGAAGAAACUCGACAAGAAGCUCGCGUACCUCACCACGUUGGCCAACGACCAGUUGCGCAGCGAGCACCCGGACGAGACCUUGCGCAACUUGCCGCUCGUCGACUUGCCCUGCAACAACAAGGACACGUAUCUCUCCACGCGCGUGGAUGCCUUGCCCUUUGCCAACGGAAUCGACCUUUCUGCAGGCUUGGAGACCAUCAGUGAUAUCUUGGUCAAGUUGGGCGAGCAGCAGGCGCAGUUGGCGUCGGCGCUGCCGGUUUCUGACUUGGAGCUGACCGUGGAGGACUUGAACGUGCUCCGGAUCGGCCACAACCGCAAGUAUUCGUUCGACAAGGAGUCCUUGCUGGACUUGUACGAGGGAAUCAAGCGCGACAAUGGCCUGCUAUGCAUUGCGCAGUUGCGCGUGUUGCCGCUGGAGCAGAUUCUGUUGAAGCUCUUGCUUUCGUUGUUGAACAAGGCCACUCUCUCGAGCUCGUUCAACUGCAUCGACAUGUUGUUUGCGUACAUUCUAGACUUCCACAAGCAGCACGGCUUGGAGUCGCCUGCCCUUGCGGACCCGCAGGAGAUCAGCGGCCGCAACUUCUUCCACCAGCACGUGGUUUCUUUGGGAAAGAGACAGCUCAGCAAAGAGCAGAGCCCGGUGGUUGCGGGGGAAUCCUCCGACUUGAGCAGGCUUUACGGCAACAAAAGCGGGCCCGACGGCAUCCUGCUUGCGCCGGUGCGUGUCGAUGGCUUGGUGCACGUGUUCCUCAAAUUGGCGGAGCAUCCGCAACUCCAGCGGCUUCUUAUCGCUAGAGACAGCUACCACCGCACGCCGCUCCACUACGCCGCGCAGUACGGCACAAAGGAUGUCUGUAAAGUGAUUCUCGAGUGUCUCUCGAAGUGGGAAUUGGUAGACUUGAAGAGCCCUACUGACGAUGCUCGUGUGUGGGGAGACAAGGAGGGACUCACGCCCCUCCAUUUGGCCAUCAUUGGCAAGCACCCGAAAACAUGCCACAACCUCGUCUCGUUCACGAAGGUUCCGCUCAGCUGCCCCAACUUGCUUUUGUUGGCCACCCGCCUAGGUUGCGCUGACAUUGUCAAGGAUUUCCUUUCGGAACAAGUCGUGAGCAUUGACUACACGGACGCAGAGAGCAAUAACGAGACUGCGCUCUACAUAGCGUCCAAGAUGAAUUGCCUUGACUUGGUGCGCUAUCUCCUAGAGCACGGUGCCAAUACCGAGUUGGGCGAGUUGGUCUUUGGCUGGACUCCCAUUUUCGCUGCUGCCGCCGAGGGUCUUUUGGAUGUGGUCAACGAGUUGAAAGGCUUUGGAGCCGCUUUUCACAUGGCAGACGAUUCCGGCUGGUUACCAAUGGAACACGCCUCUUUGAGAGGUCACUUGGCAGUGGCUGACGCGUUGACCCCGCCCGACACAAACUUGCUACUUUACAAUAUCGACGACCCUUCGGAAAACAAGCCGAGGGUUCCCAAUGCACUGCUGUCAAAGAGCGUGUCUGCUGCCAAUUCCCCAUUCAUCAACCCCGUGGGCGAAGAUAGCCUCUUGUCAACUUCAUCCAUAGACAAGCUACCUGAGCUGAACAGAUUGGCUGUCAACGAGGUUUACCGCCAGUUCAAGCAAUUAGAUAAUGGCUCGAGCAAUUCUAUCGAUGUCAUUCCCCCACACGAUGGACAAGAAGCGCUCUCGAUGUCUUCUGCAAGAGACCUUUCGCGUUCCAGAUCUCCGCUGAACAGACGGAAGAUGAAACCGAUCAAGUCGUUUGGUCACAGAUUUUUGGGGAAAGACGAGCAGCUCAUUUUGAUCACACUUGGCACAACAGAUACCCGAGACAAGCUGAGCGCAGUGGAGUUGAACAAAAUCUCGAUUUCGCAGAGUUUUUUCACAGAAUUGGACACUGCCCUCUCUCUUGUUGUAACCUGCCACAACAAAACCACAAAAGCAGUGGUGGAGGACUCUAUUUUGGUCGACUUGCCGUUGGAGGACCAGCACGGAAGUGCCACUGAUCCUUUGAUAUUCAAGCUCAAGAAUAACACGCAGAUAUCUGAUGUGUACAUGACUUUUGACAUUGUGCCAACAUACCAAUACCCUCUGACUUCCAGGAACAACCAUUGCCCUAAAGUGUUCGGAAGAGGUGUUGCUUUUCUUGAGAGCGCAUAUUCAAACGUGGGGCAGAACUUGCGCACUCUCAACAAUAAUGUCACCGUCCCGAUUGUGGAACACAACACUCUUGAUAUUUUGGGUAAGGUGAGGUUCGAGUUCAUGUGCAUCCAGCCAUUCAUCCAUCCAAACAUGUCUAUCAACCGGUCAGACACAUACUGGAAACAGCUCGUGAGCACAAGAGUUAUUGGACACAGAGGAUUGGGGAAGAACUUCAACAACAAGAACUCCUUGCAAUUAGGCGAGAACACCGUGGAGUCAUUCAUCGCCGCUGCAUCUCUCGGGGCCAGUUAUGUGGAGUUUGAUGUACAGCUUACCAAAGAUUUCGUGCCAGUUAUAUACCACGAUUUCUUGGUUGCAGAGAGCGGUGGGGAUAUUCCAAUGCACAUGUUGACAGCAGAACAGUUCUUGGGUUUCAGUGAACACGAGGACAAUGGCAAGGCCAAGUUGUUUUCGUUUGAUAAAACUAAGCUGAACGGAAAUGUGUCGAGAAACUUUGCUUUAGAUGAUGAGCUUUUGGGUAAGUAUAACCGUCCGCGGUCGAUGUCUUCGUACCCGUCAGCGCCAAACAUGACUUCGAGCGUUGAGGAAGAGGAGCUAGACAAAGAAUUUAGAGACCAAAUGGCCAGGAGAAUGAAGCUCACGAAGACCUGGAAGGAAAAGGGGUUCAAGGGAAAUGCGCGUGGGUCGUCCAUUGCGUCCAACUUUGUCACGUUGAAGGAGCUUUUCAAGAGGUUGCCGAAGAAUGUUGGCUUCAACAUGGAACUCAAAUACCCAAUGCUUGACGAGGCACAGCACGAGAGCAUGGGCGAGUUUGCAUUCGACAUGAACUUCUACGUGGACACAAUCUUGAAGGUUGUCUACGAUGAAAACACUUCCGGCAGGGACAUCUUGUUUUCGUCGUUCCAUCCAGAUAUCUGCGUGUUGUUGUCUUUGAAGCAGCCUACGAUGCCGAUCUUGUACUUGACGGAGGCAGGCACGAAUGUGAUGGCAGACAUCAGAGCGUCUUCUUUGCAGAACGCGAUCCGGUUCGCCAAAAAGUGGAACUUGCUAGGGAUCGUCAGCGCCGCAGAAACUUUAGUGAAAACCCCCCGGUUGGCCCAGGUGGUGAAGAGUUCUGGGUUGGUGUGCGUGACCUACGGAGUGCAGAACAAUGAUCCUGAGGCAUGCAAGAUCCAGAUGAAAGCGGGAGUGGAUGCCGUUAUUGCAGACUCCGUCUUGGCUGUGAGAGAAGGCUUGAGGUCGGAAGGCGGUCAGUGCUGAGAGCUUCCAAUCAGAUAGCAUGAGGCGUCCCCAUGCGCUGCUUUUCUAUUUAUUUUUUGUCUGUCCGUUGAGGCUAUGUGCCCGAGGAGCAUUCCUAGAAGUGCCCUUACUUUCUUAUAGAUUUCCUACAAAAUGCGCCGGUCAUAUCACGUAGAGCCCUGCCCGGUCAUAUUACGUAGGGCGCUGC